AUGAAUGCAGCCCAAGGAGUUGCAAGAACGGCAGGCGAGCUGGAGCUCGCCAUGGCCAUGGUGACCCGAGCAAAGUUGCUGGCAGAGCAAGGCUUGGCCAUCGACUGGGAUGUUGUGCAAGCUGAUGUAGCAGCCACGGUGCCGGAUGCCUCGCCACAGACCGUGGCCGCCUGCGGGUUGUUCUGCAGGUUCUAUGCAGGAGGAAGCGAAGCACCUCUGCUGAAGUUUUUGCACGACUUUUCCCUGAAAUACGGGGCAAGCAAAAGAUUGGGCGAGGAAUUCAUGUCCACGGUCGCCGGGCUCCGUUUUGCAGGGCAGGAGCGAUCGCAUGCUUUCGCGAGGGCUGCGAUGAUCGCUACGAACUUGACAGCCACAAAAGUGAUAGACGGUGUGGCUCGGCUGCUGAACAAGAGCGAUGUCAGCAGGCUCUGUGCGAAAGGCAUGGAAGAUGCUAUAAAGGAUUGGGAGGACCUUCUUGCUCGUGCCUGGGCUCACACUCAGGCUGUGACGGAGGCAAGUGCACGUGCCAAGGCAAUUGAAUGCUUCGGCCGCCUGAUGGUUCGCAGCACCCUCUUCAUGUGCAAGAAAGAGAAGGCGGGGCAAGAAGGCCUUGAGCUUGGGUCCUUGGCCAAUUUGCUGAGUGUGUACGAACACGAGAUGGGUGGCAAGAGUGCCGGUGCAACAGCGGCUGCUGCUACAAAAGAUGAGCCGUGUCAUGCGGCCCCUGCGACCCUGGAGAACAUGCAGGACCCGGCCUUCCUGAUGAAGCUGCAAGGCUUCGCAGAGGGGAAACUGUACAAAGGCAGACAGAAGUAUCAGGACAUGUGGCCUUGGAAGCUGGAGAAAAUCAGCCAGAGCAAGGGCUCUUUCUCGCUAUGUUGCCCAGUGAGCUGGGACAAAAAGGUCGAGGUGCCUCUGAGCGAGCUCAAGAAAUUCUUCGAGCUGUAUAGCGGAGAUGCACCCGAAGUGGUGUCUGACUCCGUGGACCGACUGCCCCAUAAUACGGAGGCUUGCAGCCAAGAGAGACUCCGAGGAGAGUUCUUCGAGCUCUGCUGCGAGUAUUUCCUGAAGUAUUCGCAGUGUGAAGAGGAGUUGACCUUUUUGAAGAAUCCCACGUGCUGUCUGUUGGAGGGCAAAGCCAAGACAGGCAAGCUCACGAUCUUCCCCUUCACGGAUCAGAUUUCGAAGAUUGGCUCAAAGCCGGCAGCUGGCAGUGUGGAGGAGCACCAGUCCAAGCGGCAGGCAGAGAAACUGAAAGAACAGAGCUCUGGCCUUUUCGGCGGGGCAGACAGCGAGGCUGCUCUGGUGUCUGUAGCAGGCACCUCUCCGAGAAAAGCAGCGAAGACUCGCUUGUCCCGCCAUGCUUCCAGGGAAGCAAGAGCAGAACAGAAUGUGCUCAAGGUUGCCUGGAUGGGCAUGGAGAUCCGUGUCCUGGAGGCGGGCCAUGUCACGGAUGUGUGCAAAGUGCACUUGGAUGAUAUGGCACUGUUCUUUGAAGCAACAGAAGGUGCCGUGCUUACUGCUGAGUCUUUUCAGACUAGAGCACGGCAAAGCUUUCCUAAGGGAACUGCUGCGAAGGACAAAGUCGUGAAAAUCGGCCAAGGCCGCCAGGCUCAACGGACAGGCGACGACAGAAAGUAUUCGCUUGUCAAAAAAGCCGGGGCCAAGGCCCGGCCCUUGGAUCCCCUGCCGCUGCAGGAGGCUGAGGUGACUCCGGCUGCCAAAAGGGCAGCAAAAAGUCAGGGGCAGCCCUCCAAACGGAGGAAGCCUGGGGUGCUAGUGGACUGA